AUGGAGACGGAGCUGCCCUUGCCGUUCCUCGUCAGCGUUGCCGUCCCGCCGGGCCUGGCCAACCUCGACGGGUUGACCCGCGAGGAAGUGUCGCUCUUGGGCAAUCCCUUCCUGCAGGCAACGCCAAAGAUUCAAGAUAAGCUCUUACGCUUCUUCAAUCGUCACAGUUACGAAUUCCAUGCUCAUCUGGACGCUACUUCUCUGGAAUCACAAGACGAUGUCAUCGCCCUACUGGAUCGCGGGGCGCGCAAAGUAUUCGUCGCUCCAGAUGCCUUGUCUCAUUACACCGAGUUCGGAGACAGAGUGCUUCCGGUCGUUAGCAAGCCGGACAUCUCUUCAGCUUCAGAACACGGAUUACUGGUCAGGAACUUUGAUCUCUCAACUCCCGAGUCGGAGAAAUUCCUCGAGGCAGCUCAAUCUGCCAAGGUCAAGAACCUCUACCUGCUUCCCACCGAUGGAGCACCUCUCGAGAAGUUCAUCGAGGCCGCACAGAAGGCCAAUGCCAUUCCUAUUCUCCCUUCUACCGGUCUGACGACGGAUAAGUCUGCCGCAGGAAAGCUCUUAGUCUCCAAGGUUAUCGCGAAAUACUGGAAAUCUGACCGCCAGGAUGGCCUCAUUCCUACUGUCGUCACCGAUGAGGCUGGUGUAGCUCUUGGUCUUGCUUAUACCAGCGAAGAGAGCAUUCUUGAAGCACUGAAAACGCAGACCGGCGUUUACCAAAGCCGCAAGAGAGGGCUCUGGGUCAAGGGUGCCACUUCAGGAGACACUCAGGAUCUCGUCCGAGUAGGGUUGGACUGCGACAAUGACACCUUGAAGUUUGUUGUCAAGCAGACUGGCCGAUUCUGCCACCUCCAGCAGUUUGGGUGUUUUGGAAACCUGAAUGGCAUCCCUGCCCUGGAGCAGACGCUCAUUUCAAGAAAGAAGUCUGCCCCCGAAGGGUCCUACACCGCCCGUCUCUUCUCUGAUGAGAAGCUGCUUCGGGCCAAGAUCAUGGAAGAGGCUGAGGAGCUAUGUGAUGCCAAGACUCCACAAGAUGUUGCUUUCGAGGCUGCUGAUCUUAUAUACUUUGCUUUGACCAAGGCCAUUGGCGCCGGUGCCACCUUGGCUGACAUUGAGGCCAACUUGGACGCGAAGAGUCUCAAGGUUACCAGACGACCGGGCAAUGCCAAAGGCAAAUGGGCAGAGAAGGAGGGCAUCAAGACCGAAGCUGCUGUGCCCAAGGCUGCCCUGGCUGAGAAGUCUGCCGACGGUAGAAUCACCAUGCAGCGAAUCAACUCUGCCACGGUUUCAGAGGCCGAGCUGCUCAAGGCGCUCCAGCGUCCAUCUCAGAAAUCCCCCGAGGCUAUCCUCAAAAUUGUCACUCCCAUCAUCGACGAUGUUCGCAAGAAUGGUGACAAGGCCUUGCUAUCGUACACUCACAGGUUUGAGAAGGCCACUUCUCUCACCUCGCCAGUUAUCAAAGCUCCAUUCCCCCCGGAACUCAUGAAGCUCGAUCCGGAGACCAUCAAGGCCAUCGACACCUCUUACGAGAACAUCAAGAAGUUUCACGCUGCUCAAAAGGAAGAUAAGCCUCUCCAAGUCGAGACCAUGCCCGGCGUCGUCUGUGGUCGCUUCUCUCGCCCCAUCGAACGGGUCGGCCUCUACAUCCCCGGCGGCACGGCCGUCCUCCCCAGCACCGCUCUUAUGCUCGGCGUUCCCGCUAAGGUCGCCGGUUGCAAGAAGCUCGUCUUGGCCUCACCGCCACGCGCAGACGGCAGCAUCACCCCUGAGAUUGUCUACGUCGCGCACAAAGUCGGCGCCGAGAGCAUCGUCCUCGCUGGCGGAGCUCAAGCCGUGGCCGCCAUGGCCUACGGCACCGAGAGCGUCAGCAAAGUCGACAAGAUCCUUGGCCCUGGUAACCAGUUCGUCACAGCUGCCAAGAUGCACGUCAGCAAUGACACAAACGCCGGCGUGAGCAUCGACAUGCCUGCUGGUCCGUCUGAAGUUCUCGUCAUUGCUGACAAGGACGCCAAUCCCGCGUUUGUCGCGUCUGACCUGCUCUCCCAAGCGGAACAUGGCGUCGACAGCCAGGUCAUUCUCAUUGCCGUUGACCUGAACGAGCAGCAGCUCAAGGCCAUUGACGACGAGGUCCACAAUCAGGCCACUGCCCUCCCUCGCGUCGACAUUGUCCGUGGCUCCAUUGCCCACUCUGUCACAGUGCAAGUCAACACCAUCCAGGAAGCCAUGCGCAUCAGCAACGAAUACGCCCCCGAACAUCUAAUUCUACAGAUCAACGAUGCUGCAAAGUCCGUAGACCAGGUCAUGAAUGCCGGCAGUGUCUUUAUCGGCGAAUGGACCCCUGAAAGCGUCGGCGACUACUCAGCCGGUGUGAACCACUCUCUGCCCACCUAUGGCUUCGCCAAGCAAUACUCCGGCGUAAACCUCGCCUCCUUCAUGAAACACAUCACUUGCUCUAACCUCACCGCCGAGGGUCUCAAGAACGUCGGCUCAGCCGUCAUGCAGCUAGCCAAGGUGGAAGAGUUGGAAGCUCACAGGAGGGCAGUCGAGAUUCGCAUCAAGCACAUGAAUGGACAGUGA